AUGAAGUUUAAGUCUAGUUUUGUAGCUGUACAUUUUUGUAGACUCCCUAUAAUAUCCAGUAAACUCAUUGUAAAUACCAGUAAACUCAAUGUAAAGUUCAGUAAACUCAAUGUAAAUUCCAGGAAACUCAUUGUAAAUUCCAGUAAACUCAAUGUAAAUUCCAGCAAACUCGCUGUACAUUUUUGUACACUCCCUAUAAUAUCCAGUAAACUCAAUGUAAAUUCCAGUAAACUCAAUGUAAAUUCCAGUAAACUCAAUGUAAAUUCCAGUAAACUCAUUGUACAUUCCAGUAAACUCAAUGUAAAUUCCAGUAAACUCGCUGUAAACUUUUGUACACUCCCUAUAAUGUCCAGUAAACUCAUUGUAAAUUCCAGUAAACUCAAUGUAAAUUCCAGUAAACUCAAUGUAAAUUCCAGUAAACUCAUUGUAAAUUCCAGCAAACUCAAUGUAAAUUCCAGUAAACUCAUUGUAAAUUCCAGUAAACUCAAUGUAAAUUCCAGCAAACUCAAUGUAAAUUCCAGUAAACUCAUUGUAAAUUCCAGUAAACUCAAUAUAAAUUCCAGUAAACUCAUUGUAAAUUCCAGUAAACUCAAUGUAAAUUCCAGUAAACUCAUUGUAAAUUCCAGUAAACUCAAUGUAAAUUCCAGCAAACUCAAUGUAAAUUCCAGUAAACUCAUUGUAAAUUCCAGCAAACUCAAUGUAAAUUCCAGUAAACUCAUUGUAAAUUCCAGUAAACUCAACGUAAAUUCCAGUAAACUCAUUGUAAAUUCCAGUAAACUCAAUGUAAAUUCCAGCAAACUCGCUGUAAACUUUUGUACACUCCCUAUAAUGCCCAGUAAACUCAAUGUAAAUUCCAGUAAACUCAAUGUAAAUUCCAGGAAACUUAUUGUAAAUUCCAGUAAACUCAACGUAAAUUCCAGGAAACUCAUUGUAAAUUCCAGUAAACUCAAUGUAAAUUCCAGCAAACUCGCUGUAAAUUUUUGUACACUCCCUAUAAUGUCAGGUAAACUCAAUGUAAAUUCCAGUAAACUCAAUGUAAAUUCCAGUAAACUCAACGUAAAUUCCAGGAAACUCAUUGUAAAUUCCAGUAAACUCAAUGUAAAUUCCAGCAAUCUCAUUGUAAACUCCAGUAAACUCAUUGUAAACUCCAGUAAACUCAUUGUAAACUCCAGUAAACUCAACGUAAAUUCCAAUAAACUCAAUGUAAAUUCCAGUAAACUCAAUGUUAAUUCCAGUAAACUCAUUGUAAAUUCCAGUAAACUUAUUGUAAACUCGAGUAAACUCAUUGUAAACUCCAGUAAACUCAACGUAAAUUCCAGUAAACUCAAUGUAAAUUCCAGUAAACUCAAUGUAAAUUCCAGUAAACUCAUUGUAAAUUCCAGUAAACUCAAUGUAAAUUCCAGUAAACUCGCUGUAAACUUUUGUACACUCCCUAUAAUGUCCAGUAAACUCAUUGUAAAUUCCAGUAAACUCAAUGUAAAUUCCAGUAAACUCAAUGUAAAUUCCAGUAAACUCAAUGUAAAUUCCAGCAAACUCAUUGUAAAUUCCAGUAAACUCAACGUAAAUUCCUGGAAACUCAUUGUAAAUUCCAGUAAACUCAAUGUAAAUUCCAGCAAACUCGCUGUAAAUUUUUGUACACUCCCUAUAAUGUCAGGUAAACUCAAUGUAAAUUCCAGUAAACUCAAUGUAAAUUCCAGUAAACUCAACGUAAAUUCCAGGAAACUCAUUGUAAAUUCCAGUAAACUCAAUGUAAAUUCCAGCAAACUCAUUGUAAACUCCAGUAAACUCAUUGUAAACUCCAGUAAACUCAACGUAAAUUCCAAUAAACUCAAUGUAAAUUCCAGUAAACUCAAUGUAAAUUCCAGUAAACUCAUUGUAAACUCCAGUAAACUCAACGUAAAUUCCAGUAAACUCAAUGUAAAUUCCAGUAAACUCAAUGUAAAUUCCAGCAAACUCAUUGUAAAUUCCAGUAAACUCAAUGUAAAUUCCAGGAAACUCAUUGUAAAUUCCAGUAAACUCAAUGUAAAUUCCAGCAAACUCGCUGUAAAUUUUUGUACACUCCCUAUAAUAUCCAGUAAACUAAAUGUAAAUUCCAGUAAACUCAAUGUAAAUUCCAGUAAACUCAUUGUAAAUUCCAGUAAACUCAAUGUAAAUUCCAGUAAACUCGCUGUAAAUUCCAGUAAACUCAUUGUAAACUCCAGUAAACUCAUUGUAAAUUCCAGUAAACUCAAUGUAAAUUCCAGCAAACUCAAUGUAAAUUUUAGGGAACUCAAUGUUAAUUCCAGUAAACCCAAUGUUGAUUCCAUUAAAACCAAUGUAAAUUUAAUCUAA